GUCUGGUAGUCCAGUCCCAUCCUCUCUGCCAUAAGUUAAGUGAUGAGGGGUGCUGGUUACAGUCAGACCCUGGUCCCCAGGUUAAGAGGGAGGGGAAGCAGGGAUGCAGGGAGAAGGAGCCUUAGCUGGCAGAGACAGGAAACUGCAGGGGAGAGAUUUGUGCUGGGGCCUGAAUGUACAGGAAGAUGCUGGCAAGAAGAACCAUCGUGUCACUCUCUCCUUGGGUGGAACAGUUUGUAUCAUGCCCACUAUCUCUGGCUCUCUGCGAUCAGCAGCCCAUCUCUGGGGCAUCUGAUCCUGGGAAGGGGAAGAGGGUGGCAGCCAGGGCUCAUGGGGCCUCUCCUUUCCCCAGGACCUACGUGCUCAAAAGGUGCUGAAGAACUGAGCCACUUCCCACCCAAGACCAGGACUGCCUCCUGUCUGAGGUGUAGGGCCAUGGCAGGGCAUGGCUGGCUGGGUCUGGGGCUAUUCUGCUGGGCCCUGCUUGCUGUUCCUGUGGGCCCCCAGCCUGCUUCCUCCAUCCCAGGUGCCCCUCUUACCACAUUGGCUCCACCACUGCAGAGUGAGGCCUCUAUGCUGUCUCUCAACCUGGGACUUAAUUUCAAAUUCCACCUUCGGGGACCUGCUGCGGCCUGGGGGAACCCUGUCACAGAGACCCAGCCGCUCUCUCCCCAGCUGGGCGAGGAGCUGGAGGAAGAGGUAGUCAGUGGGCUGAGGACUGACUCCCUUUGGGAACUGCUGGUGGGCUCCCCCGGGAACUCUGUCCCAGAGUGGGGCUCUGCUGAAGGCAGCUCUGCGCCUUGGGCUUCUUCCCCAUCUCUGGAGUCCACGUCCCCCCUCUCUGGACCCAUGGACCAGCCCACUGCUCCCUAUCAGCCCAGGAUGGGCACCAUGACCUGGGUCACUGCACUGACAGCUACAGUGCCUCCAUCUAGUGCUCCCAGGCCCCACCAGAGCGAGCUGGAGCUGAAGUUUGACGUGGCACUGAGGGCGGCUGCAGCCCCCACACUUGGGCAUCGGACUUUGCCCUUGCUGCCCAGCCUGCGGGCCAGCCUGGCUGAGAUAGCUGGGCGCCUGGGACCCUUUGGGUUCUUUGGCACCACUCUGUCCCCACUCCGGAACUCCUCAGGCCCACCAAGCCCACCAGGUGCAACAACAUUCCCAAGUUCUGCCUCCGGAGUUUCAGAAUCUCCAGGGUUCUUUGGCACCACUCUGCUCCCGACUCCAUCUCCCCUGGAGAGGAAGCUCUCAAGCCCAAGCCGGCUGGACCCAGCUGCUUCCCUAAGCUCUACCUCGAUUGCAACAGGAUCACUAGACCCCACCGUCCCCACCACUGGCCGGGAUGACCCAUCUCCUGGCAGCUUUGGAAACCCUUCAGUGCAGCCCGAGUGUGGGCCCGAGUCCUGCAACAUCGGAGAAUUGCCUGAGCGUGAGGAGCAGCCCCCUGCGGCUUCGCUGCCCCUCUUCUUCCUGACUCUGGAGGCUGACUGGGCAGAGGCCAGAGCUCGCUGGGGGCUGGCCUGGGAGGCCCAUGUGUACGGGGUAGGGGCGCUGUUUGGCCUAGUGGCCCUGCUGGCGCUGCUGGCUCUGGCCCUCUUGCCCUGGCGCUGCCCCCCCGGCGCCCCCUGCCUGGCGCUGCUGGACCUGCUCCUGCUCUCGGCCGGGACCACGCGGGCCUUCCCGCUUUUCUAUGACGCCUAUGGGCACAGCGACCGACUGCCCGCCCUCGCCUGGUUGCUGCUGCAAGAUCUUCCACUGCCCUGCCUGGCCGCUGGUCUGGGGCUGGCUUGCCUGCUGCUGGCCCGGCCGCGCCCGCCGCGGUGCCCCGCCGGCCUGGCCGCGCUGCUGCUCUUGGGGCUGGGGCUGGCCGCGGCCGCCGCCCUCGGGAGCGCCGUCCACCGCCCGCUGCAGCCCCUGCGGCUCGCUUCCCGCGGGCUGCACGCCUUCCUCGCCGCCCUCCUUUCGGGGCUUUUGCUGGCGCUCUCCUGCUGGAGGGGUAGGCGGCGGCGGGCUGGAGCGCCCCUGGGAGGGUCUGGCUUAAAGGGCGCCACCCCUCUGCCGCAGGCGCGCAGUCCCUUCGCUCCGCGGGAGUCCUGGCGGCGCGCGGCGCGCACGGCCCCCGUGGCGGGCACCUUCGGGCUUCUAAGCGGAGCCCUGCAGGGCUACGAGGUGCUGCACGCCCUGGGCUAUGGCGGCCAGCCUGGCCUGGAGGGGCCCUGGCCCUGGUGGGCCUUCCAGCUAGGCCUGCGCCUGGGCGAGGUGGGCGUCGCGCUCCCGUUGGCACUGCUGGGCCUCUACCCGGCGCUCUGUAGCCCCCGCGUGCCUGCGCGCUGCUGGGCCAAGCUUUUUCGCUUGUCCCCCGGCCACGCAGCCCCGCUGCUGCCCGGAGGCUGGGUCACCGGGCCCCCGGAUAAAGAGCCCCCGGGCAGCGCCAUCGCUCGUGGCGAGGAGGAGCUGCUGCAGCUGUGCGCCCUGGCAGAGUCAGGCCCUGACCUGCUACUCCAGGGCUGCCGGGGCUUGGAAGGCGUUGCUGCCAACCCGGCCCCUUCCCCCGCCUCCUCCCCCUGCAGCGAUUACACCGUGGACUUUCGCCCGCCCUCCCCUAUCAACCUGCGGCGCAGCAUCGAGGAGGCCCUCUGCAGCGAAGCCCUACUCGCGCCUGGCCUCUUCCAGGGCCCUGCCUUCGAGGAAGCCCGGCCUGGGACAGGCCUCUACCGCACCACUUCUCUGGGACCAAAGACGCGGGCCGAGCCCAGCGGGAGGCCCGAGGAACCCUCUGGCUCCCCAGCGCCUCCGCAGCUCCCUUCCCCCGGGGCCUGGCCCGCGGGCAGCAGUGCCUCGUCCGGCUCACUGUACGGACUCUCACGGGACAGCUCGUCCGUGUUGCUCUGUUCCAGCCCGGACAGGCCCCCGCGCUGCCCGCUGGUCUGCGUCCUCAGUCCCCCGCGACCUUCAGGAAACAGCCCCGGCCUCCCGGCCUCAGGAUCCCACCAGGCCCUGUCCCCACUCUCCCGCGAUUCCCCGGAGCCUGCUCCUGAGCUGCAGGCUGAGGAGGCCUUGCUGCAGGCCCAAUUCCUGGAUGCCUGCCGACAGAUAGAUGAGUUGAGCAUGGGCAGCGACACCAUAGACCUGUGAAGAAGCAGCCCCCUGGCUGUCCACACCAUAUGCCCCCUUCUGGAGCCUGCUCUGCCCUGAGACCUGCACACUGUACCCUUCCCCCGUGCUGCUGGGCUCAGAUACACCCCCCCUCCUUCCCCAUCCAGGGGCAUCUGGGUGGGUGGGCAAGCAGUUCGGCUCUGUUGAUUGGGAAUUAGUGCCACCUUUUCUGCAGCCCUGGGCACUGAUGCCCUCAGUGGCAAGACUAGGCUGGCAGGGGCCCCACUUUCCUUGGCAUUCACCAGCAAUAAAGCUCCAAGGUGCUCCACUCUUGAACCACUAACCACUCUCCACUCUGGUGCUGAGUGAGAGGGGCUGUCCUCAGAGGACCUCUAGAUCUGCCUCAGUCCCCAUAUCCACCCCUGCCAUGCCCAGGAAUCUCACCACCUGUGUGAGUGAGACACCCUGUCCUCCAAGUGACCUUUCCCCACAGAAAGGUCCAUGGCCCACCUAGGAGACCUUAUAGCAGUUGGGUGGGAAGACAGCACGUUCAGAGUUAAUUUAUCAAUAAAAUAUUUUCAGAGGAGAAAGGUCUGACCUUCUUGGAAAGGUUUAGAUGAGGCAACAGCAGCAGUGGUUCCACCAGAGGUGGAAGAGAGGCAGCUUUUGGGUGGGAUGGGUCCACCUUAGACCCCAGUGACUUUGGCUGCUGACUGGACAAAGGAGUCUUGUUCUGUGGCUGUGAAUAGUGAGGGUCCUGGGAGCAGCCCCUUGAAGACCCUUCUGACUCCCUGGGAAGCGACUUUUCACAGAGCUGAGACAGAGCCUCCAGAGAUAAGGCAGAAACUUGACAGUCAUCGAUGGAAAUGCCCACGUUCCCAGGAGCCUGGCUUCAGUUCCUGGUGGACAGGGGCUAGGGACUAGUUACUGGUCAAAUCCUUGAUGGAGAUGUUGAUAACACACAUAAAAGGGCCUGAUGACCUCGAGCUGGGAUCCCCAGUAAUCUCCCUACCAGGUUCCCACAGUUUGAGAUUCACAAAGAGAAUCAACAGGGUCUCUUCAAGGUGUGGCUCACAAUCCCCCACAGAGCUCUCAUGUCCCAUUGGUGUAGAUCCUCCCUGGAGAAAGCCUGUCUUCCCCAACCCUCAGCCUCACCUCAGCUCUGAAGGCAAAACUCACAAACAUUUCCAGUCACCAGGCAUUCGGUAAUCCCUCCGUUACCUGGAGUCCUUGGCUCUGAGCUCUUCAGUGUGCAUUUG